AUGUUUAGGAACCAGUACGACACAGAUGUGACAACAUGGAGCCCAACAGGUCGGCUAUUCCAAGUAGAGUAUGCAAUGGAAGCCGUGAAGCAAGGCUCAGCCGCAAUCGGACUCAGAUCUCGAUCCCAUGUCGUACUUGCUUGUGUCAAUAAAGCUCAAUCGGAGCUUUCUUCGCAUCAGAGGAAGAUCUUUAAGGUUGAUGACCAUAUCGGUGUAGCUAUCGCUGGUCUUACCGCUGAUGGUCGUGUUCUCUCUCGUUACAUGAGAUCUGAGUCCAUCAAUCACUCUUUCUCUUAUGAAUCUCCUCUUCCCGUUGGCCGUCUCGUUGUUCGUCUCGCCGAUAAGGCUCAGGUAUGUACCCAACGGUCAUGGAAACGGCCUUAUGGUGUGGGUUUACUGGUAGGUGGAUUGGAUGAGUCUGGAGCUCACCUCUACUACAACUGCCCAAGCGGAAACUACUUCGAAUACCAAGCAUUUGCUAUCGGGUCUCGUUCACAAGCUGCAAAAACUUAUCUGGAACGCAGAUUUGAGGGCUUCAAGGAAUCAUCAAGAGAAGAUCUGAUAAAAGAUGCUAUUUUGGCUAUAAGGGAAACUUUGCAAGGGGAAACAUUGAAGAGCUCGCUGUGCACGGUUUCUGUUCUAGGAGUCGGUGAACCUUUCCAUUUCUUGGACCAGGAAACGAUUCAAAACGUGAUCGACACAUUUGAGAAGGUUCCAGAGCAAGACGAGGAGGCUGGUGAGGGUGAGGCCGAGGUUGCCGCUGGUGCUGCACCUGCAGAACAAGGUGGUUCAGGUGAUCAAGAUGUUGCACCAAUGGAAAUGUGA